AUGUUUCAAUCAACCCUCCGAUACUUGGCUUUCGCCAACCACGCUAUUGUAUGGGUGUCUUCGCUGAUUGUGACUGGAAUUUUGUCGUACUUUUUGAACAAGUACUCUGCCGCUCACAACACACACAUCAUCUACCAAGAGGUCAUAGCUGUCAUCACUCUUGCACUCUGGACGCUUGGAAUGAUUCUACCCCUGAUUAGCAGAUAUGGUGGUCAUCUCUGGCCAAUCAACCUCGCGCUUUCCUACCUCUGGCUCACAUCGUUCAUCUUUUCGGCUCAAGACUGGUCUCGCGGAUACUGCCGUAGGUACAGCUACGUCUAUGGCUUCAGCAGAUGCGGCUUGAAGAAGACUGUCAUUGCGUUCAACUUUUUAGCCUUCUUCUUUCUCUUAUGCAAUGCUGUUAUUGAGAGUCGGCUCUGGCACGAGUGGCGAAAUGAAAGGGUCGUCACCCCGACCUCGAAUGGCAGAAAGCGACCAGACACGGCUACUUCGGUGCGAGCAGACACACCAGCGCAAGACACUGUUUAA